UUAUUUUAGUAACACUCUGUGCGUUCAUAAGAAAACUAAACUUGGCCACACUGCUCGAAUCAUUUUGUUGAUAUUUUUUUCUGAGAACCGCGUUUAUUUAAAUAUCUGCGUUAGAAAUAUCAAAAAAUGCAAAAGAGAAAUGUAAUUUAUGUGCAUAAUGGCAAUUUAAUACAACAAGCAGACAAAAACCCUGCAGUGCGGGGUAGGGCCUCACUAACCCAUGCACUGAUUGCUUCAUAUGGACUACCCAAGCAUAUGCAACGACUGGAACCGAGAAUUUGCAAAUAUACAGAUUUACGCCGUUUUCAUAAUAGCGCUUAUGUGGAAGAGUUGUUGAAGAAAGCUACGCUUAGUAAACCAAAAAGUACAACAAAUAUGUUUGUUAAACAGAAAACGCUGAAUGACACAUUAGAGGAAGCUUGCUCCUCAAGCAGUGAUGACGAAGACAAUAACUGUGCGUUGGACACAACCUACACACACAUCGAGUAUGGUUUGGGCUUCGAUUGUCCCAGUUGGCGAGGCGUUUGGGAAUAUGCUUGCACAGUGGCGGGCGGUACAAUGAGUGCUUGUGCUGCACUGUGCAAGUAUGGUGCCACAAACAACGAUGAACAGACUAUAAUUAUCAAUUGGACUGGUGGUUGGCAUCAUGCACAGCGUGAUCGCGCCGCCGGUUAUUGCUAUGUGAAUGAUAUCGUUUUAGGCAUCUUAGUGCUGCGCAAACAUUUCAAAAGGGUGAUUUAUGUAGAUUUGGAUGCACAUCAUGGUGAUGGUGUGCAGCAAGCGUUUGAAGUAACCAAACGUGUUUUUACUUUUUCGAUGCAUCGUUAUGAAUGCGGUUACUAUCCAGGCACAGGCGGUAUGGAUGAUUGUGGCUUUGGUGAGGGUAAAGGCUAUGCAGCAAAUUUUCCAUAUCAAAGUGGUAUAGGCGGUAAAAACUUUUGCAAAUAUUUUAAACGUGUGUUGACAAAAAUACUGCAGUUAUACAAACCUGAAGUGUGUGUGAUACAAUGUGGCGCAGAUGCAUUAGUUGGUGAUCCACUCGGUGGCACAAAUCUUACGCCAGCAGACUUGAUUGAAUGUGUCGAAUUUAUAUUAAUGAAUGGAUUGCCAACUGUUCUUUUGGGUGGUGGUGGAUAUAAUUUUACAAAUUCUAGUCGUUUGUGGACCCAAUUGACCGCCACCUGUUGCGGGGUACCACUGCCAGAAGAUAUACCUGCUGAUAAUAGUGAUUUCCUAAAAUAUGGUCCAGAUUAUAGUGUGCAUAUAAAGGCAUCCAACUUUAUGAAAGACCACAAUAAUACAGAGUACUUGGAGAUGUGUGCGAAUACGAUCGAAGAUAAUCUCGGGAAGUAUAAUGUAAACGCUGUAUGAAACUGGGAACCAUGCCUUUAUGGAUGACGAAAAUUUAAUCGACUGUUUACAUUUGAAUCAACAUUUACAGAGAGAUUAAUUUUGAAUUGCAUUUGUUAUUUUAUUUAUAAAAUAUUACUUACAAACUAAA